AUGUCUGGAGAUCGUACUGGACAUAUAGUAGCAGAUGCACAUUCUGCCAGCGACACCAGUGAUCCGCAGCAAGACGCAGAGUUCUGGUUCGAGGAUGGUAGCAUCGUCCUUAUCGCUCAGGAUAUCGCCUUUCGCGUUCACCGUGGCGUGCUCUCCCGACACUCUGAAGUCUUUCGCGACCUACUCAAGGUCCCUGGAAAGCAGGAGGAGAAAUUCGGCUGCCCGUUCGUACAUCUGUCCGAUUCCCCUGCCGAUUUGCGAUCUCUGCUGCGCGUGCUGUAUGAUGGCGCAGUAUCACACCUCGAUUUAGAGACGCCACUCGAGUUUGCCGAAGUGGCAACACUGGUGCGUCUCAGUCACAAGUACGGUAUCAAAAGUCUACUGGAGAAGGGGCUCGCUCGGCUGAAGACGGUAUUCACGAAGGGAUUUUCGACAUGGGAGUCUCUGCACUGCACGGGCAGCUUCAUCGAGAUCUCUGUCAUGAGCCCAUUCUUGAAGGCACAACCAGAAGAUGCGAUAGCGGUCGUUCGUCUAGCGCGCUUGACGGGAGCACUUACUAUGCUACCCACGGCGUUAUUUGUAUGCUGUUCACUGGAACCGACGGUGCUAACUCGCGCAUAUACUCUUUCCGACGGGUCCAACAACCAGCUGUCUUUGCAGGACCUAGAGAGGUGCAUGCGAGCUGCCCCAAUUCUUUCCAGUUCUUUCCAGACUAGGCAUACCCUCUUACACUUAGAGACCAGUCCACAGUGCGAAAAUCACCGUUAUACCCCGUGCAGCAGUAGACUCGCCCGGCAGCUCAAAAUUUACUUCGAGAGCAACACUGUUACCUGCCUCAACGUCCUUCAUGGGAGGCAGUCGUCUAUACGAGAUUCUGGGGUAUGUGGUGCUUGCCAAACGUUCAUUCAGAAGAAAGAUCGCGAGCGGGGACAGAAGUACUGGGCUGAUCUGCCAUCAUAUUUUGGUUUGGGAACGUGGGGCGGUCUCUCAGACUUCCCAAUUGAACAUUAG